GGGAAACGUCAUCCAAACCAUCGGUAACGCUCGCAAACGACCCAUCAGACAUCAGAUUGAACUACUGCCUCCAGUCUCUCUGCAAUAGCAUCCCUCUCACGAUACACCCUCGCCCAUCAUGCAGCCUCUUCCGCGUGGAUUCGACGAGAACUCCCGUCCGCAAAUGCGUCAGAUGCCAAUGGACGAACUAUAUGGGGUCCCAGAGAACUUCCUGGAGAUAGAGGUUCGGAAUCCCCAAACUCAUGGUAUUGGCAGAAAGAUGUACACGGACUAUGAGAUCAUUUGCAAGACGAACAUACCCGCAUUCAAACUCAGGCAGUCAAACGUCCGUCGCAGAUACAGCGAUUUCGAGCAUUUCCGCGAGAUUCUAGAGCGGGAAUCGUCAAGGGUUUCCGUUCCUUCUUUGCCCGGGAAAGUGUUCACGAACAGGUUUUCCGAUGAAGUGAUUGAGCACCGACGAGAUGGACUAGAGAGGUUUCUUCAAAUUGUCGCAGGUCAUCCGUUGUUGCAGACAGGUUCUAAGGUGUUGUGUGCUUUUAUUCAGGACCCACACUGGGAUCAUAACCAAUGGAAUUGAUUGGGCUCAUUGCAGUGAAUUUUAGCGAUCGGAGUCAUGUUUAUGAAUUGAAUGUUCUUUGGUAUACCCUUACUGAUUUGACUAUACCCUGACCAGACGUAUGCAUAUUACCAGAUUAGAUCCGGUGAUGAUGUAUAGAGAGAAUAAUCAAAACCUGCCCCACCCUGUGCGGAAGACGUGGCG